GGAGACAGCACCUGUUCCAAGAUGGCGGCCAAGCGUGCGCUGGUGAUUCUGGCCAAAGGGGCUGAGGAAAUGGAGACUGUGAUUCCCACGGACCUAAUGCGUCGGGCUGGGAUAACAGUAACAGUGGCAGGGCUGACAUGUAAAGAGCCUAUAACAUGCAGUCGUGAUGUAGUCAUUUGUCCUGACUCCAGCUUGCAAGAUGCAGCUAAACAGGGUCCUUAUGAUGUGAUUGUAUUACCUGGAGGAAACCUCGGAGCCCAGAACUUAUCUGAGUCUCCAGCUGUAAAGGAAGUGCUGAAGGACCAGGAUUGCCGGAAUGGUUUGAUAGCUGCUAUCUGUGCAGGCCCCACAGCUCUAUUGGCUCAUGAAAUAGGCUUUGGGAAGAAAGUCACAAGCCAUCCUCUUGCUAAGGACAAAGUGAUGAAUGGAGAUCAUUAUAUUUAUUCUGAAGCUCGUGUGGAGAUAGAUGGGAACGUUCUUACCAGCAGGGGACCUGGCACCAGUUUCGAAUUUGGCCUUGCAAUUAUAGAAAAACUUCUUGGAAAAGAGAUGGCUGACAAAGUUAAAGCUCCUUUGGUCCUGUGAAACUGCCACCUUUUGGAGAAUUGUGGAUGGAGUGGUGGGAAAGAAAGAAAUAAGUUGAAUUAAUUGAAGACUUGCUGCUUAGAGAACAAUUUUUCAUAAGUAGAGCCAAUAUGACAGGUGGAAUUUUGACUUUAAUCAUCUUUUUAAGCAUUUUCGAAGUAAAUGCUACUGAAUUGGACUAACUUGCAAGAUUUAAAUCCUGAUGAUACUUAAUUACUGAUAGGAAUUGACUUCCAAAUUUCUGCUCCUUAGAAAUUUAAAGUUUUAAUCUUUCCCUUUGUUCUACUGUGAAUUAAAUAACUUGAGGUAUGAAUUUAGCUUGAAUUCCUGUAAUUUGUAAUUUAAAUUGGAAAAGAAGAUCCUUCUGUAUUCAAUAUCAAUAACUUGCAUUUUUUUUCUGUAUCCCACACCUCCAAUUAUAUCAUCUUUUUGAACACUUUUAUUGUCAUGUAACAUCUAUAUUUUAUGGAACAGGAAAACACCUUUAUAACUAGCAUACUUGUCACACUGCUGCAGCAGUAUUCUCAAAAGGAAUAUGUUCCUUGGCUAGCUUCCUGCCUUACACUUGGUAGAGCUUUUCUUUAAAAGGAGAAGAUGCCCUUUUGUAAUUUUUCCACUUUCUCAGCUGCCAGCUUCAUGUAGGUCAGCAAUCGCUCUUUCUAACAUUAUAUCUUUGUGCUAAGGGCCUCAGAGUAAGUUCCUGAUGACUAAGAUGUGUUUUAUAAAUAACACCCUGGGAAUUGAUCUGAAUUUGGCAUUUAGCCACAGUACUGUAACUUUGUAACAAAUACUAAUUAAGCAGGUGGUUAGGCUAUGGGUUAAAAGGCUUAUUAAAGCAAAACGUCAUGAAUGUUUUCCAUGUAAUUUCUGUAAAUGCUUGAUUAGAUAAGGAUGUGAGAUUCUAGUUAAAAUUCCACAAGCCACUGCUUGUGAAACCCAUCUGUCCAGCUCUAUAAUAUAGCCUUUGAGUAGACGUUUCAACAAAAUUGAGUUUUAUGUAUCCUCAAAAUACCAAAAAUCUGUUGUCUGAUAUCAGUAGUGGCUUUUCUUGACUGCAGCAACAAAUAAAAUCAGUGUCUGGA